ACGACACAAAUCCGCACCAAAACCAAACGAACAACGGCGAUGAUGCAGCACGUGUUGAGGAGGGCUGUGAGCGUGCGGCAUGCUGGGGCCGUUGCGCGAGUGUGGCCGGGGCAAGGGAUGGUCGAUGCCAGGCUGUUGCGCACGAGUGCUGGGCUGCAGCGAAGGCGGCGAGCACCACGCCCUGCCAUCCCUGAGGAGCUGAUGAAGGAGGCCAGCGAGGAAGACGCGCACAUGCGCCAGCUGCAGCAACUGCAGCAACUGCAGCAACUGCGCCAGGAGGACGACGGUAGCGCAGACCAACUGCUGCAAGGCCUGCAGAGCAUGGGAAGCAUGAGCGAGGAGGAGAGGCAAGAGGUGGCCGCAGAACUGCAGCGCAUGUCCCCGGAGGAACGCGCAUACCUGCAGCUGUCCAUGGAGCAGAUGGAGCACUACUUCAAGGUCGCGGAGCAAGUAAACCAGUCGCGCGAUGCAGAGCGGGAGCAACAGCUCAGAGCAAAACAGAGCCGGGGGAGGAGGCGCCAUGCACAGCCCGACAGCGAUCGGGGCGCUGAUGAGCAUGGCGCCGCUAGUGACAGGGUUGCAAGCAGCGCUGGUGUUGGCGACAGCGGCGACACUGCCAACGAUGUGACAGGCAGAUGGAACCCCACGGGGGCAAACGCAGCAUCUGCGCCUGCGCCUGCGCCUGUGCCUUCCAAGCACGUGACCGUGCUCGACCCUCCAGGCAUGCACGACUCUGUGAGGUUAGAGGUGCCCGACAUGGUGCCCAACGGCGUUGUGCCUCCACCAAUGGACAUUGACUCGGCAGAUGAGCUGGGUCAUUCUGCCAAGCACGCGCGCAAGAGGAGACGCUCAGCACACAUGGACGAUGAUGAUGAGGACGAGGACGAGGAUGACGAUGACGAAGGCGAAGGUGGACACGAUAUGGAGGAUUUGCUGCAGUCGGAUGGGCGCCGUGGUGGCAGUGGCACAGACGAGGUGCCUGUGACAGAGGUGGUCUUCUCACUGGGAAAGCCACGCCACCAGCGGCGCACAAAGGAUGAGCGGUGGGAAGGCAGUGCGAGGUACAGGCGUGUCACCGAUGCCAUCGGCACUGCCAUUGAGGCAGCCAUCUACCGGCAUCACCUGGACCCACUCCUUGUCAAGGCCAACAUCACCAUCUACGAUGUUCACGUGAAGCGAAGCUUCCGCAAGGCCACUGUGUAUUGGACAGCCACCUUUUCAGAAGACCCAGAGCUGCAAGCCGAGCAGGAGGCUGCGAUUGCGGAGGUGUUUGUGGCGCGCACGCGCGAGUUGCGGCGCAUGAUUGCGGGGUCACUGCCGUUGAAGCACACGCCUGCGCUUGAGUUCAAACGCAGCAUGGUAGACGAGGAGGAGGCACGCCUGGAGGCACUGCUGCGGGAAGGUCUGGGCCGCCCGCCAAAGCCCGUGCACAUUGCCUUGCAAGAGGCGCAGCAGCACGCAGCCAACUUGCGCACGCCAACGUCGUGAGGAGAUCACACGCACUGUGCGUUAGUGUUGUACAUACCUUGCGCGUGCUUGUGCUUGGGAGUUCAUUAGCACCACAGCUCCUCAAUCUGUCUCUCUCUCUCUCUCGCUCUCUCACUCACUCUCUCUCACUCUCUCUCUCUCGCUCUCUCUCUUUGUCUCUCUCUACCUCUGUCACAUUACUCGUUGGCCCGCGAUGAGCCGGCAGCGCGUCAUACACAACAGCCAAUGUCAGUCAGCAUGUCAGCGCACCAAUGACGAGCACACGCAACCAGCCAGCAAACAAUGGUGGCGCCAUUCAU